GAUGCCGGAGCAGUUAAUCAAGGGCUCAUUCCUUUAGUUCCUGUUUACUGUCUGGUCGCUAAGCAAUGAUAUGUCUUUCAGUCUCCUCCCAGAUACCAAUCCCUGUCUCUCCCUCCCUCUCAUACACACACCCAUAAACACUCCCUCUCUGGAGCAGAGAGAGAGAGAGGAGCUGUUCAGAGCAGCUAGUGCUGAAGGCAGGCAGGCAGGCAGGCAGCAUGUUUAGAGCACACAGAGUCUUCAGUGUAGUGUUCUCCAUGUAGUCCACUUCAUCGUUUCUUUGGGGGGGUAGACCUAGGAGUAGGGCUAGAAAAAGAUUUUCUUGGUGGGAUUCUUUUGGUUUUAUUGGUGGGCUCGGGUUGUAAGGCAAAGGGUCGCAUGCAUGACACUCCGCAAAGGCGAGAAGAUGACUAUAAGUAUACAGGAGCAUAUGGCUAUCGAUGUCUGCCCCGGCCCCAUUCAGCCUAUCAAACAGAUCUCUGAUUAUUUCCCCCGCUUCCCGCGGGGUCUUCCCCCCACAGCAGCCCCUGCUAUCAGCCGGACAGGCUCUCUGCACUUCUCUACUAGCCAGCCCUCUUCCCUUACGCCUUCAGAAACCCAGCGCGAGGAUGAGGACAUCGACAGGGUCUUUGGAGCCAUGGCCGCGCCCUCCAAGAAAGAAGAAGAGCCCGAAGUGGAGGGCUACGACUCUGACGACUCCACUACAUUGGGCACGUUAGACUUCAGCCUGUUAUAUGACCAGGAAAAUAACGCCCUUCACUGUACCAUAAAUAAGGCAAAGGUGCCCAAGCCCAGGUACAGAAAGGGGCUCAAACCGAUGGACCACAAUGGACUGGCUGAUCCCUACGUCAAACUGCACCUGUUGCCCGGAGCCAGCAAGGCCAACAAGCUGCGGACCAAAACCCUGCGGAACACUCUAAACCCAGCCUGGAACGAGACCCUCACCUACUACGGCAUCACAGACGAAGACAUGGUCCGCAAAACACUCAGGAUCUCUGUGUGCGACGAGGACAAGUUUCGGCACAACGAAUUCAUUGGAGAGACGCGAAUCCCACUGAAGAAGCUGAAACCAAACCAGACGAAGAACUUCAACAUCUGCCUGGAGAAGCAGCUGCCGAUUGACAAGACAGAAGACAAGUCUCUGGAGGAGCGAGGGCGCAUCAUGAUCUCUCUCAAGUACAGCUCUCAGAAGGCAGGGCUUCUCAUUGGCAUUGUCCGCUGUGCCCACCUGGCCGCUAUGGAUGCCAACGGCUUCUCAGACCCCUACGUCAAAACAUACCUGAAGCCUGAUGUGGACAAGAAGUCAAAGCACAAGACAGCUGUCAAGAAGAAGACACUGAACCCAGAGUUUAACGAGGAGUUCUUCUAUGAAAUCAAGCACUGCGAUCUGACCAAGAAGACUCUGGAGGUCACGGUGUGGGAUUACGACAUUGGAAAGUCCAACGACUUUAUAGGUGGUGUGACGCUGGGGAUCAAUGCAAAGGGAGAGCGAUUGAAACACUGGUUCGACUGCCUCAAAAACAAGGACAAGAAAAUCGAGCGCUGGCACACAUUGACAAAUGAACUGCCAGGGUCUGUGCUCAGUGACUGAGGGGGAGGGGGGAGCCGGAGG